UUUUCUUCUACGUAUCCACUUGGCAGUUCAAGAUCUGACGAAGAACAAUUUAAUACAACUUUCCUGUUGAGAUCCAUAAUCAGGACUGUUGGAUAACAGCCGCAUAUAACACAACAAAAUUCGUUUUCUUCUUCGACAAGACUGUCGAAGUGCAGGACCCCCAUGAAAGCAUAGCACCUCUGAUCAUCGAUAUGUUUGCACGGAACAGAGGCUAAGUUAGACAAGCUGUCAAAAUGGCGGAACUGUUUGGGUCUGACGAUGGUAGCAUAGACAAAGCUGGCAGCGAACUUAUCAGUGAUGGAGAUAAUGUGUCCAAAACCCAGGAACAGUCUCAACUAGAAUUGGAGUUGGAAGAUCUUGACAUCACAUCACAAGAUGAUAAUAUCCUUGUUGAAUUAGAUGAUUUCCUCCAAAAACACAUGCAGGAUGAAUUCUUUCAACAAGCACUAGCAAAGGGUACUGAUUUGAGGCAGUAUUCUGAAGAAAUUGAAGAUGAACUUAGGGGCUUGGAAAAGCUGUCUAUACAAGAUUAUAUAAAAGAAAGUAAAAACAUUGCAAGCUUGCAUAAACAAAUAAAAAACUGUGAUGGAAUUCUGGAGACAAUGGAAAGUAUGUUAAGCAGUUUUCAGACGGACCUACAGAGUAUCAGCACUGAGAUUCAAACACUGCAAGAACAGUCUCUGAGCAUGAAUAUCAAGUUAAAAAACAGACAGGCUAUCCGUGGCGAACUUAGUCAGUUUAUUGACGAAAUGUAUGUCACCAAAGCAAUGAUAACCGCUAUUUGUGAUCUGUCUGUCACGGAUCAAGAAUUUGUUGAAAACCUUCACGAACUCAGUCACAAAAUCAAAAUGUUCAAAGAGCAAAGUUACAAAGGAUCAGCUGCAUGCAACGAUGUCAAAGAUGCCUUGGACAAACUAAAAACUAACGCCGUCGCAAAGCUCCGCGAAUUUAUUCUUCAGCGUAUCUACCAAUGUAGAAAACCCUUCUCAAAUUACCAAGUUCCGCAGAAUGCUCUUCUCAAAAACAGAUAUUUCUACGAGUUUUUACUGGCACAUCACCGUCAGGUUGCGAGGGAGAUCCGAGAUGAAUAUGUGGACACGAUGAGCAAAGUCUAUUUCUCGUAUUUCAGAGAGUACAUUAGCAAGUUAAUGAAACUGCAGUACGAAGAGGUUGCAGAUAAGGACGACCUCAUGGGUCUUGAAGACAGCUCGAAGAGAGGUUUUUUCUCCAACAAACAGUCAUUGAAAAAUCGAUCAACUAUUUUCAGUUUGGGUAACCGCGGGAAUGUGCUGGCUGGUGAACUGGAAGAACCAAUUAUUGUCCCUCAUGCUGCUCAAAAAUCUGAAAAAAGGUAUUCAUUCGAGACACUGUUCAGAAGCCAGCAUUUUGCACUGCUAGACAACUGCUGCCGAGAGUAUCUUUUUCUGUGUGAUUUCUUCUUGGUUACUGGAAACAAUGCGAAGGAGUUGUUCACUGCUGUCAUGGGAAAAGUUGUCACACUUUUCGGAAAACACAUGGAAAGCUACGUGACGACAUGCUUCGAUUCGAUUGCCAUUUUUCUCUGCAUUCACAUCAUCCAUAGAUACAAAAUCAUCAUGCUAAAGCGAGAGGUUCCUGUUUUAGAAAAAUAUUGGAAUGCAUUGCUAGAUUUGCUCUGGCCGCGAUUCCAGCAUAUUGUCGAUCUCAAUGCACAUAGCAUCCGCGAUACAGACCCGCAAAAGCUAGGCUCCAUUGAUGUGCGACCGCAUUACAUAACGAGGCGGUAUGCAGAAUUCUCUGCUGCUAUCAACAGUCUGAACGAAAGUUUUCCUGAUGAGCGAGUCAUCAAAUCCCUUGGCGCAUUGCAAACUGAAGUAGAGAACUUCGUUUUGAGACGAGCAGCAGAGUUUGUCAGCCGAAAAGAUCAGCUGGUCUUCUUAAUCAAUAACUACGACAUGAUGCUUCAAGUUUUAUCGGAAAGAACUGCUGAAGAUUCGAAAGAAACUGAAAGUUUUCAACAACUGCUGAAUGGGCGAACGCAAGAAUACGUUGAAGAGGUGUUGUCCCCACACUUUGGUGGAAUGAUAGCCUUCGUGAAAGAUACGGAGUCAGUUUUGGAAAGGGGUUCCACUUUACAAAGGAUCGACGAGGGUAAAAUUGAGCAAAUAGUGCGGGGAUUCGGUGCAGACUGGAAACACGCUAUAGAAACCAUAAACCAUGAGGUUAUGCGAUGUUUUUCAAAUUUCAGGACGGGAACCACAAUACUGCAGACGGCUCUCGCGCAAAUGAUCCAAUACUACCACCGCUUCCAGAAGAUCUUGGCUCAACCUCCUUUCAAAAGACUCUCUGUCAGAAGUGAACUUAUCAAUAUUCACCACGUUAUGGUGGAAGUGAAAAAACAUAAAACAACGUUUUGAUAUUGAAUUAUGAUAUAACAUUUAUUAUUGUAAUAACUGCGUAGUACUUAGAUCAAUUGAUUCUUAGUUAUA